AUGGAAGAGAUGUCUCAUCUCAGCCAGGACCAGGUCUCUAAGCCUGCCUGGAAGGCAGCAGGGAGCUGGUUCAGCUCACCCUUGUCCCUGCCUGGGAACAGCAGCUUCCACCAGCCUGCGGUGUUCAUCCUGCUUGGAAUCCCGGGGCUGGAGAGUGCCCAAAACUGGAUCUCCACCUCCUUCUGCUCCAUGUAUGCCACGGCCCUGGCGGGGAACUGCGCCCUCCUCCUGGCCAUCACCACCGACUCAGUGCUCCACAAGCCCAUGUACCAGUUCCUGGCCAUGCUGGCCAUGACUGACCUGGUACUCUGCUCCUCCACUGGGCCCAAGGCACUCAGUAUCUUCUGGUCUGGCUCCCAGGAGAUUUCCUUCUCAGGCUGCCUGGCCCAGCUUUUUUUCAUCCACUCCUUCUAUGGCGUGGAAUCCGCCCUCCUUGUGGCCAUGGCGUUUGACCGCUAUGUAGCAGUGUGCCGGCCCCUCCACUAUGUGUCCAUUCUCCCCCCCACGGUCAUCGGGAAGUUGGGGCUGGCUGCCCUGCUGCGAAACCUGACUCUAGGCUUUCCUCUCGUCUUCCUGGUCUACCGGUUGCCCUACUGUCGUACCAAUGCCAUACCCCAGACCUAUUGCGAGCACAUGAGUGUGGCCAAGCUGGCUUGCGCGGACAUUACCCCCAACGUGGUCUAUGGCCUCACCGUGGCCCUCUCAGCCAUGGGGCUGGAUGUCUCACUCAUCGCCACAUCCUACGGCCUUAUCCUCCGGGCCGUCUUCCUACUGCCCUCUCGUGAUGCCCGGGUCAAAGCCCUGAGCACCUGUGGCUCCCACGUCUGUGUCAUCCUCACCUUCUACUUCCCUUCCUUCUUCUCCUUUUUCACCCACCGUUUUGCCCAUGGAUUCCCCCUCCAUGUACAUGUGAUCCUGGCCAACCUCUACCUCCUGGCACCCCCAGUGCUCAACCCCAUUGUCUACGGGGCCCACUCCAGAGAGAUCCGGCAGAGCCUCUGGCGGGUGCUCAGCCAGGGCUCAUCAACAUUCCGGUCCUAA